AUGGGUGUUGAUUUGGACCAUCGUUUUGAUCGUAAAGCCGUACGUCGUGCACCACAUAGUAAAAAUCUUUAUCUGUUAUUAUUAGUUAAAUUAUAUCGAUUUUUGGCUAGACGUACUGGCGCAAAAUUUAAUAAAAUAAUACUAAAACGUUUAUUUAUGAGUAAUACAAAUCGUCCACCAUUAGCUAUUUCUAGACUUGUACGACAGAUGAAAAGAACAGGUCGUGAUAAUAAAACAGCUGUUAUUGUUGGUACAGUAACGGACGAUCCCAGAAUAUAUCAAAUACCAAAGUUAACUGUGUGUGCAUUACAUGUUACGGAGCGUGCUCGUGCACGUAUUCUCGAAAAUGGUGGCGAAAUUUUAACAUUCGAUCAACUGGCGUUACGUUCACCAAAAGGUAAAAAUACGGUAUUAUUGCAAGGCUGUCGAAAAGCACGUAAAGCAAAUCGCUUUUUUGGUAGACCAACGGGUGCACAUGGUAGUACAACAAAACCAAAAGUUCGUUCAAAAGGUCGAAAAUUUGAAAAAGCACGUGGAAGAAGAGCUAGUCGUGCAUAUAAAAAUUAA